GAUGUUGGAGGGAUGGGGGCACUGGAGGGGAUACCCCUGCGAUGGGGGUACCCCAGAGUGCUGUCAGCUGUCAGAGAAGCCUGACAUGAGAAUCCUGGCAGCUGGGGCUCAGCACCUCCGCUUCUGCCAGGGGGUCGUGGGACAGCCCGGAGCAGGGCGAGGCCCUCGGGGACACGGGCCGUCUAGGGGCUGAUCUUCCCCCAGGGCACAAAUCUUUGGCUGGACAGUGGGGCCCCUGGCCCUUCCCCCAGGGGGCUAUUCCCCUUUGAAGCCAUUUUCUCACCUAAAUUCCUCUUUCUUAACGUUCUCUCAUCCCACCUUUGGAGAUUUGCAAACUCAACAGAGCCCCAACCAUUUUGUCUCCCCUUGGAAAUGAGCCCUGUGUAGGAUCAGCACCGGCACCGGGCCAAGGGCAAACCUGUCGCUCCGGCCUCUUCACUCCAGCUUCCAAACUUGUGCCUCAUUUCAGGGAGCGCCGCCGCACUCCCCCACCUCGGUCUCUUUCACAGUCUACCCCCAGCCCCGGCGGGAGGGCGCCUGGCUUUGGGAUCGGGUUGCUCCAGCUGGAUUGGCUGUUGCUUUUAGGGUGCCCAGACAGCAAAUGUGAAAAAUCGGGAGGGGGUGGGGGUAAUAGGAGCCUAUAUAAGAAAAAGUCCCAAAUAUCGGGACUGUCCCUAUAAAAUCAGGACAUCUGGUUACCUUAGUUGCUUUCCCCAAUGCUUAAUUUGUGCCAGGGCUCAGCCCCGGCACCUCAGGGCUUGGCAGAUCAUGGACCCCACAUCAGUGGGCUUGGCAGAUCAUGGCCCCUGCACCUCUGCGUUUGCCGUGUCAGUUAAGAAAGCAAAACAAUUGCAUCUCUUCCGCUACAAAUCAAACACUGGCUUUCCCAUGUGAAAUCCCGUGUUGGUAUUUCAGAGAGUCACAGAUCCCAAGGCCAGCCCAGCCCACUGCGACCAGCUCGUCUGACCUCCUGCUGCCCUGACUGAGUUCGUGUUUGAACGAGAGAGACCAGCCUGUGGCCCCUGUGGAGCCGGGAUGGCGCUGACGCUGCAGCAGGCGUACCGUCGGCGCUGGUGGAUGGCGUGUACCGCCGUCCUGGAGAACCUCCUCUUCUCCGCCGUGCUGCUGGGCUGGGGCUCCCUGCUCAUCAUGCUCAAGCACGAGGGCUUCUACUCCCACAUGUGCACAGGUGAAAACGGGACCAAUGGCUCGGCUCCAGAGCAUCCCCUCCACCACUGGCCUAGCUGCGUGGAGCAGGAGGAGAUGCUGAACCUGGGCUUCACCAUCGGGUCCUUCCUGCUGAGCGCCGCCACCCUACCCCUGGGGGUGCUCAUGGACCGUCUGGGGCCCCGGCCCCUCCGCCUCCUCGGCAGUUUCAGCUUUGCUGUCUCCUGCGCUCUGAUGGCCCUGGCUGCCUACGACCCCUCAGGUCUCUCCCCACUGAUUUUCCUCGGCCUGUCCCUGAAUGGCUUUGGGGGUAUCUGCCUGACAUUCACCUCGCUGACGCUGCCCAACAUGUUUGGGAACCUGCGCUCCACCUUCAUGGCGCUGAUGAUCGGCUCCUACGCCUCCUCGGCCGUCACCUUCCCCGCAGUCAAGCUGAUCUACGAUGCCGGCGUCUCCUUCAUCACCAUAAUGCUGACCUGGUCGGGCCUGGCCUGCCUCAUCUUCCUCAAUUGCCUGGUCAACUGGCCCAAGGAGUCCUUCCCGGCGCCCGAGGAGGCUAACUACACGAAGAAGAUCAAGCUGAGCGAGCUGGCACUGGAUCACAGGGUGACGGGCGAUCGGUUCUACACCCACGUCACCACCGUGGGGCAGCGCCUGAGCCAGAAGGGGCCGUGCCCGCAGGAGGGCAAGGAGCUUUGCACAUCGACGCAGGACCUGUGCCACGGGGCUACGAUCCCUGCCGAGUACUCGAUCCCCUUCCGCCGCAGCGUCUGCUCCCCCAUCUUCCUGUGGAGCCUGAUCACCAUGGGCAUGACCCAGCUGCGCAUCAUCUUCUACAUGGCAGCGAUGAACAAGAUGCUGGAGUUCCAGGUGACGGGCGGCAGCCAAGACGUGCCGGAGGAGCUGAUGGAGCAGGCUGAGGACACAGUUGGGUUCUACGCCUCCAUCUUCGGGGCCAUGCAGCUGCUCUGCCUCAUAACCUGCCCCUUCAUCGGCUACGUGAUGGACUGGCGCAUGAAGGACUGUGUGGACGGGCCACUGGGCACGGGCGCCACCGCGGCAGCUGGGGCCAGGGCUGAGAAGUCACCUGCUAGGCCCCGCUACCGCAAGAUCCAGAAGCUCACCAAUGCCAUCCGGGCCUUCACCUUCACCAACCUGCUGCUGGUGGGCUUCGGGGUCACCUGCCUCAUCGAUAACCUACCUCUGCAGUUUUUGACCUUUGUCCUUCACACCAUGGUGCGAGGCUUUUUCCACUCCGCCUGCGGGAGUCUCUACGCCGCUGUGUACCCGUCCAGUCACUUUGGCACUCUGACUGGCCUGCAGUCGCUGAUCAGCGCCGUCUUUGCUCUGCUGCAGCAGCCGCUCUUCAUGGUCGUGGUGGGGCCCCUGGCCGGCGACCCCUUCUGGGUCAAUUUUGGCCUCCUGAUCUUCUCUCUCCUGGGCUUUCUGCUGCCCUUCUACCUCUGCUACUUCCGGCGCGCCCUGCUCCGGGACCAGCCGGUGCUGGGAGAGACCCCGGACCUGGCGGAGGAUGCCCAAGUCAAACUCCAGGCCGGCGUGGCCCUCAAUGGCGUGCUGAGUGCUGACGACACUGCGGCAUAGGGGGGGCUGGAGAACGGGUUCGGGGGGGGGGAGAGCGUGGGUGACAUGGAACAAAAUGCCAGAUCCGCUCAUCAGCCGAUUGCCGAACAGAUGGGAUGAGACACUAAGAGCAGGAAAAAGAAACACUUGUAGGUUUCAAUACGCGGGAGCCAUGGAAAUAGCCGAGCUGCGUCGAAUUUCUAAUAGUUUUUUUUAUAUAUAUAUCGAGAGAGAGAGAGAGAUCUAUAUAUUUUUGCAGGGAACUUUAUAAAGCUCUAUGACUGUAAAUAACUAACCAAAGAUCGGGGUGCGCGCCUAAGCCCCAAAUCAGGACGUGCCCUUCCCAUAAAGAUGCGCCCCUUGGAAAGAGGUGCUGGAUCAGGGCAUUCAGGAUAAUAAUUUCUAGCACUUACCUAGCCGCAGUCAAACUGUGGUGGGUGAGUGUCAGAAUCCCACCCCCCCAUGUUCUAGAUGGGGAAACUGCCGAGCUGCCGAGUCCUGGGUUUGAAUCGUAACUUCGCCCUGCCUGCCUGAGCCUUUGCCGAUCAGCUAACAUGGAGGGGUCAAAGUUUCCUCAUGCUGCUAGGACGUCCCUCGUUGGCCCACGCUGGGUUGUCGAUAAAACAAAUGAAAGGAAGUAUUUCUCCACACAGUCAGCCUGGUGGAACUCUUUGCCAAAGGGUGUUGUGAAGGCCGAGACUAACAGGGUUCAAAACAGAACUAGAUCAGUUCAUGGAGGAUAG